GGCAUUUGGUCCAGCUCUGUGUAUGUUGGCAUCUUAUAUCAGCAUUUGCGUUCUAUUUUUCCUACUGGCAUGGGGAAUAUAUUACGAUAUUAGAAGGACACAUAUUCCAAGUGGCAUCAGACAAUCUGGAAAACUACGGUUCUUAAAUUUUGUUACCUUUUUUAUGAUCAGACUGGGAGUGAUGCCUGAGAAACUUGGCAUUUGCCAGAAGUAUAAGGUCUGGAGGAUUCUGUUUAAUGGAGUGCCACCAAAGAAGAACUCAAAGCUGAUCAUCAAGGAUCUGGUUUUUGAUGAGAUUCCAGUGAGAGUGUACUGGCCUAAAAGAGCAUCUCCUGGGAACAGAAGAGGCGUGAUCUACCUUCAUGGAGGUGUUGGUUUGAUUGGAAGCAUCCAUGCGUACGAAAGAGUGACCCGCUUCAUUGCCCGGAGGAGUGAUUCUGUGGUUGUGUGUGUUGGGUUUCGUUUAGCUCCAGAGCAUCCCUUCCCAAUCCCGGUCCUAGAUUGCUGCACCGCAACCAUACACUUUUUGAAGAAUGCAGAAGAAUACGGAGUCGACCCGAAUCGCAUUGUCGUCUGCGGAGACAGUAGCGGAGGAACAUUUGCCGCUGCCGUUUGCCAACAUCUGGUGCCAAGGAAAGAUCUGCCCAGGGUACGAGCCCAGAUCCUAUUCUACCCAUUCCUCCAGGGAAUUGAUUUCAAUCUGCCUUCCUAUCAGCAAAGCCAUUCCAUUCCCAUCUUGUUUAAGAAACGGGCCAUCAAAUUUGGUCUUACAUACCUGACCGGGAAGGACGAGAAUGCGGAAGGCCUCAUGAAGAACGCUCACGUUCCUAAGCAUUUGUGGGUGAAAUACCAAAAAUGGAUUAGUGCCGACUUAAUCCCAGAGGAAUUUAAGGCCAGGGGCUACGUGCCGAUAGAGCCAGCUCCGUUUUGCCAAGAGCUUUAUGAGUUGUUUCGAGAAGGCUCCAACCCAAUGUUUUCUCCUCUUAUAGCAGAAGAUGAUGUUAUCCGUCAGCUCCCUGAAACGUUUCUCUUGACCUGUGAGUAUGACGUUCUCCGGGAUGAUGGGCUGUUGUACAAGAAACGUCUCGAUGACAAUGGGGUGCCGGUGACGUGGCAUCAUGUGAAGGAUGGAUUCCACGGAAUCAUGUUUCCUAUUGACUACGGAUACCUUGAAUUCCCAAGCACACGGAGCAGUUUCCAACAUGUAAUACACUUCUUAGAACGUUUAUAA